GUUUGGUUGCAAGGAAUUGGGCUCUGAAUUGGGGAAUCUAGAAUUGAGGGCCCAAUUCCGCUGUUUGGAUGUGCUAGGUAUUGAUCUGUGGAAUUGCUGGCCAAUUCCAAGCGGUGGCCCGCGCGAGGCAAAUUAUGUCGUGGCCCAAUUCAGAGCUCCCGACCUCUGUAUUGCCUCUGAAUCGAGCGACGGGCUCUCUCUCUCCCGAAAAAGUACGAGGCGCUCUCCUCCCGUCGCCUUCCUCCGCAGCGCCGACCUCCAGAAGUUGUGGAGAACAAGUGCUGAGACCAAUUCGUGUUGUUGCUACCAAGAAGCAUGGCUGAACCAAAAAAUAAGAAGGCUAGUAGGACUUACCUUGUGUGGACUAAUGAGAUGGACACUGCAUUAUUGUCCGUUCUUGUUGACCAUCACAACAGAGGUGACCAUGCACAAAAUGGUUGGAAGCCACAUGUGUACAAUGCUUGCAUAAAGCAUGUGAAGGAGACAUGUAAUAUUGUCAUCAACAAAGACAAGAUAGUAGCAAGAAUUAAAACAUUUGACAAGCAUUAUGAAGUCAUCAACAAGAUGCUUUCCCAGAGUGGCUUUGGAUGGGAUUGGGAUAAUAACAUGGUGAGUGUUGACAGUGAUGAAGUGUGGGCUAGAUAUGUGGAGGCAAACAAGGAUGCAGCUCCAUAUAGGCACAAAGAAGUGAAGAAUUGGCAAGCUAUCUCUACUAUAUAUUCAAAAGACCAUGCCACGGGUGCAGGUGCAAGGACAGGAGGUGAGUCUGCUCAAGUUGGAUCCUCAUCCGUUCCUCAGGUGGUGCUUGAGGAUGAUGAAGAAACUCCUGAGCUGCCUAAGAAGAAGCAACGCACUGCUGAUGCUAUCAUGAGCAUGGUGGGAGAGCUGAGAAUGACGUUUGAGGAGGCUUUGAACUCAACCGCCCCACUACCACCACCACCACCACCACCAGCACCAAAGGUUACUCCUUCAUCUGAAAUCUUGGUUGAACUGAAGAAAAUACCAGAUUUGGUGGGUAAUGAGCUGUUGAUAGCUUAUGGGAAGGUCACCGCCAACGAGCGCACCUUCGAAUCACUCAUGGCACUACCCAUGGAACUGAGGAAGGCAUGGCUCAUGACCUUGCCUUGAUGAUUUGUGAGACGUGCUGUAUCCAAUUUGUGCUAUUUGUGAGACAUAAUGUAUCCAAUUUGUGCUAUUUGUGAGACAUAAUGUAUCCAUUUUGUGCUAUUUGUGAGACAUAAUGUAUCCACUUUCUACUAUUUGUAAGACAGAAUGUAUCCACUUUCUACUAUUUGUAAGCAUAAUUGUUCACUUUC